AUGCCCAGACUGGCAGGUCGUAAAUGGCGUUGCAAGCGUCGUCAGAGGCAAUGUAAAGUGUGCUCGAUUUUGAAGCGCAAGAUUGGUGAGCGUCAUGCAACUAAAUACUUCUGCGCUGACUGCAGCAAGUCCGACAAAGCGCAGUUGUUUCUGUGCAACAAGGCGUGGAAGCACUACCCUGGAAACUCAAUGACGUGCUUUCAGAUUUGGCACAAGUGGGAUAAUGGAGCAAAGCGCCCACGCCCGCGCUGCGGGCGCGACAUUCAGAGCCGAGCAGCUGGAACAGGUGGAGGAAAGAAGCGCGAGCGUCGCGAGGCUGGCAGUGAAGCAGGAGACGGGCAGGAACGCGAUAGUGGCGAGGGGGACGCACCAGACGACGAUGGCGAAGAUGUGAAUAGUGAUGGAGACGGAGUACACUCAAGUGGUGAGGAUCAACAACAAGACGAAGAGUAA